AUGGCAGUUCAUCAUGGAGAAUCAAUAUCUAGAACGAUUCAGAUUUUUUCAGGUGCUCCACAAGGUUCUGUUCUAUCAGCAACACUUUUUCGUUUACACAUCCAUUUUUUACCUAAAACACUUGCGCGUUUUUGCUCUCAUUUAUUUGCUGAUGAUCUUGCGUUAAUAAUUAAAGGAUCAAUAGAAAAAAAAUUUUUACAAAAUAUUAAAGAUCUUGAACAACAAGCUAAUAUAGCUAUGAAAUUAUUAGAAAAUUUUUCGAAGAAUUUAAUACUUCCAGUAAAUAUAAAGAAAACAAAAAUGAUGCUUGUUCAUAGUAUUGUAUCACCAAGUUAUCCAAAAGUUUUCUUUAAGAAUGAAAUAAUCGAAAUGGUUUCUUCGUUUAAAUAUUUAGGUGUAGAAAUACGUACAAAAAUGGGGUGGAGCUCUUUAAUCAAACAAUAUCAACGAUCGUUGAAGGUCUUUUUUUUCAAUACUCUUACAAUUAUACGAUCAUAUUCAUAA